GGCUUGAAGAUUUUCAGCCACUCUUCCCCACCCCCACCCCUCGACGGGGUUAACUAAGCCCGCCUCCCGUCUCUCUCCUCGCCAGCCUCCGCCUCUUCUCACUGGUCUGUCAUCCACACCGCUGUUGUUGCAGCCAUUUUACCGUGGAGCCUCGACACAGCGGCGACCGGAGGAUGCCGAGACAGCACCGCUAAACGGUCUGCAAACAUGGCUGACACACCACAAGGUCCCAUGGUCAGCCGGCCAUUGGUAUUUGCCAAUGAGGAGAUGAGAGCUGUUCACGCUUGGUCUCGGAUCUCGUCGGCAGGUCACAAUGUCCUCCUGGAUGCUCUGAAGAUCCUGAGUCCGAUGUCCAGAGACCUUUCAAGCACUGAGGAGCUUGUGACCUUCCUGCAGGAGCUGAGUGAAGAGGGUCACAAGCCUACUGUGUUGCGCAGCAAGGACGUGUACGCCUACCGGUCCUGCACAAGCCAGCCCUUGACUGAGGACAUGUUAAAGAUGGCCAACAAAAAUGUCAGCAGACCCACCACCAAGAAGAGGAAGAGGAAGCCGCUGGCAAAAAAGAGGGAGGUGCAUCCAUCUUGGAACACCCUUGAAAGGAGCAACCCUAGGAUUCAAGGGGUUCGGCCUCCAGAUAUGUUGGUGGACCAUCGCGCCAUUGUCUGCAGUAGGACACCCUUUCAGACAAUAGAGAUGUCGCAGAUGGAUGUCCAACCAUACCUCAGACUGACCAACAUUGAAGGUCUGUCUGGCUUCCACACAGCCAGACUUCAAAUCCACACCAUCUGUGACUCAUCUGACAUGCCCUCUAUGAACUUCUCACCACAAAAGCACCCUCCAACACUUUCAGGAAUACCCUCUCAGCCUUCUCAAAACGGUGGUGGGGCACCCACCAAAGCCGUGGCCUUGUUCAGCCAGAAGAGCCUGUCCUGUCCAAUCCGACUGGAUGGUGCUCUUAUCGGAGAUUCUGCGCCGGUCUUUUACGCCAAUGGCCGGGUGUUCCCACAGACUCACACAGAGCUUACCAGCAACGGCUGGAGGGGCAACGGCCUCCACCAAGAUGUUGGGGGCUCUAAGGGACUGAGCAACCCUACACAGCAGAGAAAUGGCUGGAAGGACAAGAAAAGUUUCAGGCGAAAAGUGAUAAAGGUUGAUGACUCUCGCUCUGUGGCUGAGGCUUGCAGAAAAGCGCAGAAGAUCCUACAGGUCAACCUUUCUCCAGUGAUUCAGAUCCAACCUCUCAACCAUGUGCUGAGAGACUUCAGAUUCCAGAAGUGACAUCCCCCCUCUUCCCUCUUCCAAAUUCAAUUUCCAUUAGCAAAUGUGGGUGUUUUUAUACGUUAGCCUCCACCUGGGUGUGACUCUGUGCUCAUAGCAGAUGUCUUACAUGCAUUUUUAAGAUUGUUGCUGGGUUUUGAAGAUGGCACAGAAGUUUGUCUCUUUGUGAAACUUCUGAUUCCCGAUGUUAGUCCCCAGGGAUGAAAGGGCAUUUGAAGUCAGGUGGUGCUUUUCCUAGCAGGCUGGGAAAUGGUUAUCAGCCAAAUGCUGGUACAUUUUCACUGUUAAAUGUUUAGUUUAUGCUUUACAGUACUUCAACCAAACAUCACUCUACUUUGAGUUGUCCAGCUGUUCACUGGGACGGAGCAUCCACUGUGGCUGCUGGAAUAAAGGGGAAAUUUUUUCCCUUGAACAAGAUUAAAUGUGUGGGUUUCUGCUGAGUAUUUAAACUAAAGCGCCAUGUGUUGGAAAUUUCAGUAUUUCUUGUAGUGCUAAAAAACUGUGCCGUCUCGUUGCGGCACAACAGUAUCUGCUGGAAAGAAGGAAAAAAUGAAGCUAUUGUUGGUUCAAGACUAACAAAUUUCCGGCAAAAGAACUGAUAUAAACGAAAAGGAGGGAAAGAAUAUUUUGUUAGUCUUCCUUUUUGUAAUUUUAUUUUUCUUUGCACUGGAAAUGAAGAAGCCCUGAGAGUGAGCACAGCAGAUAAAGUUGUGGUAAUCAGUUAUAAAAUUUGGAAGGUUUGGUUGGUCAAAAGAUGCAUUACACACUGUUAGUUGACAGAACAACAGCAGGAAAUUAUGAGUAUAAAAUUAGUCUUUCAAUCUUAAAAGUGAGAAAAUGUGUAAGUUUCAUCAUUUAUGGAUUUCCAAUUUUAUUGAACACUAAUAUUGUGUUUUGAGCCCCUCUGAUGUAAUUUUAACUAAGUCUCAGAAAUCAGAAGUAAUGCAGUUUGACAGUAAGACCGUGCUUCAUGGUCAGCUGAGCAUGAAUAUAAGAGACAUCGUUUUCUGCAUUUUGAAAAUAUCUGAAUUUAUCCCUAAAAUUAGUUUCUUCUUUUUUCCACCUUUUUUUUUUUUUUUUUUUUGCUAAAGGUGCUAACUUUGCAAUGUUGGUGCUGGCAUAAGAAUGUCAUCCAUUUCUAAUUUCUCGUUAAAAUUAGUGCAUUUAAGAGCAGUGACCUCCUGCUAGGGAUUGAGAAUACUGCUGCCCCUUCAGGUUGGGGUGACCACACCGAGCCGCCUUCUGUGCUUUUCAAAGUGUUCAUACUGUGAGGAACCACCUGAAUCUAUUUCCAUGUCAUCGUCUGUGACAAAUUUCUCUGUAUUUCCUGCAACAAAACUACAUUCCACAAGACGUAAAAAAAAAAACGUGAUUUCUGAGUGCUAGCACUUGGAAACAGUAACUGGGCGAAAUUAUUAGACCCAAAGUCUUCUUAGUCUGGAAACUUGACUUGUGUUAGAAUCAUUAAAUAAAGAUAAAAAAAAUCAGAAAAUGCCUAUUUAACUAAACAGGGACGGUCUUAUAAACCAUUAGAAAAGGCAAACUUCAGAAUGAGGCCGAGUUUCAGACACCUGUUAUUUCUAAAUACUUUGGGUCUGCAGUAGAAAGAACCAGUCAGACUUGAUGUGGGAAUGUGAGGUCUGUCCCAUACUAUGUUCACUUCAGAAAUCUUUUCCUGGUUAAAUUGAGAUCACUGGUGAUCACAGAUUUCACAUCUCUUCUGUUGCUGAUGAGUCUAUGCCUGUUUACCCCUCUCCAAUUGGUCUGUUAGCCAUGUUCAUACCCUUUUCUAGAUCGUCUGUUAGUCUUGUUUGUGCAACACUUGUAUAAUAUUGUAUUUCCUACAUGAUCUUUGAAAACAUUUUUGUUCAAUAAAAAAGCUGAAAAGAA